CUUUUUUUUUUUUUUUUUUAGAUGAUUUUGGUCUUCAUUCCACUGAAGGCCUUUAUCACACAAUGCAAAAUUGCCAGGUAGACAAAUGGGACAUAUCUGUUCAAGAAUCUCAUCUUGAACAUUCACAUGAACCUCAAUCUUUGUUGGGCAUGUUCAAUAACCUGUGAUUGGAAUGCAGAUACAAAGAACCAUGAUCAUUGUUCUGUCAGUUUCGAAGACAGAAGAACGUUCUUUACACCGAUACCACCGUUGGUUUGCAUGAAAGGAAGGCUUUCCAGGAGGAAGGGAAUUUCACUGGAAUGAUUUCACGCUUUUUGAGUGCUUAUAUGGGAUGAAUGCAGAUGAUUCAAUGACAGAAUCAAAUGGGGAUGUGGCUGUUACUGCCAUGGAGCAGGAGAAGGUGAACUGUGACAAAUCAGUGAUCAUCAGUGAAGGACACCCUGUGACAAUCUUGGUUCCAGGAAGGUUUCAUUCAUCGAAUAUUGAGGUUGAUGGAUUGGCAUCAAGAGAAAAAGUUUUUCAUGGUUGGAAGGAGGAUAUUCAGGCCUUGAAGCGUGAUGGAUGUGCUCCAGCAAGAGACAAUCCAGAGGAUGAGGAGGAAUGCCGAAAUAAAGAAAGACCUAUGUCUUGGGAGGGAACCCUCACUGAAGAUGAUCUCAAAAUCCUUCAGCAUGCCUCUCCUUAUGAAUCUCCUCAGCGAGAGUCAAUCCAGAGGGCCCAGCAAUGGGUGGAGGCAGUAAUGAGUGGCAGCAGCAACAGCAGCAGCCCAUUGCCUGGCUCACCUCUGUUGGGUCCAACACGGUAUCCACCCGCCCUUCUUUUUACGCCAGAUGGUUCACCUAUCCAUGGGCUCAGCAGGAAUAACUCAGAUGCCUCCCAACAUGGAGGAACGUCUUCCUCUCUCAGCUACUCAUCCACAAACCCCAGCCCCAUUCCUCAUUCUCCUGGUGAAGGGGAUCGUGAGAGUGAGGAGGCAUUCCUUUGUGGAUCUUCUGAGGUUUUGCCCAGCAGUAUCUCAAGGCAGCAAGUCAUCAACAGCCCAUGCCCUGUGUGUGGUGAUAGAAUCUCAGGCUUUCAUUAUGGGAUCUUCUCUUGUGAGAGCUGUAAGGGGUUUUUCAAGCGUACUGUGCAGAACAAAAAGAACUAUGUGUGCCUCCGAGGUGGAAAUUGCCCUGUUGGGGUUGCCACCAGGAAAAAGUGCCCUGCCUGCCGUUUCGACAAGUGCCUCAAGAAAGGGAUGAAAUUGGAAGCUAUUCGAGAGGAUCGAACGAGAGGUGGACGAAGCACAUACCAGUGCUCAUACAGUGUGCCAAAUCCCUCCUCAUCCUCUUCUGCACUUCUCUAUCCUGAAGAGGUUGAUAUGGAGGGCAAAAACAUUCCACUUCUUCUUCAGGAGAUCAUGUCCGUGGAGCACUUGUGGCAGAACCGCCUGGAGAUUGGUGAUGGGAAGGGAACACCUUCACCCUCACCUUCAUCCUCUUCUUCCAGGGACAGCCUUGAAGUCUUCUAUGACAUUGCAGACCACCGACUAUACAAAAUUGUCAAAUGGUGCAAGAGUCUUCCUCUUUUCCACUCUCUGCAGCUUUACAGUGGCACCCUCUAUCAGCUGUUUGAAAGCCAGAUCAGCCUUGCUUUUGAACUUCUUGGCAUUGACCAUCAAGGUGCUAUUGAAGUCAUUGAGCGGCUGCGAGUUGACCAGUACGAAUAUGCUGCCUUGAAGCUCAUCAUACUUCUCACUGCAGAUGUCCAUGGACUGAAGGAACCUGAAAAAGUCAGGGCUUCCCAAGAGAAAGUAUUGCAAGCAUUGCAACAGUACACGCUUCAGGUUUAUCCUCAUAUGCCAUCAAAAUUUGGAGAGCUGCUCCUUCGGCUUCCUGAGCUCCAGAGGACGUGCCAGGUUGGUAAGGAAAUGUUGACUCAACGAACGUCUUCAGGAGCAGAGGAUUCCAGUUUCAAUAUCCUGAUGGAACUCUUGCGAGGAGACCUGUGAGUACGCUUUGCUCAAAAUGGAAGGCAGCUGUCUCUAAAAUUCCAUAUUUCUCCCUCCGGUGACCGGUGACUUUUUCUCCUGUGAGUGCUUUUGGUCCCCCUUCUUCCCCCUUUUGUACGAAUGAGAGAAAAUGUGAGAUGUGAAUUUGACAAAGAUUUUUAAAGAAAAUUAUUGUCCUAACUUCAUAAUAAAAAAUGCAGCCAUGAAUCUA